UGCUAUAACUACCCUCUGCUACGACAGUCAGAGAUGAAGUCGUUUGCCGGAGACCAACCACAGGUCCACUACUGAUGCUCCUCACACAGAAGGGUCUCUCAAAUGUUUUUACAUCGAAGAAGAAGAUGAAGAUAAUCCUUCUGCCGUGGUGAAACAAAAGAAGAACUUUAAACGCAAUUUGACAAAUAUUUCCCACUUUCUGGAUCUAAAACUUAACAAGAUUUAACUGAUUCUCCUGGAGUGCCCGUGUGUGAGUCUGGUUGGGACCCUGUGUGUGCUGGGGGGCUAUGGUGAGGCCAUGUUCACAGGCUGGUGUGAGGAGAGAUGUUCCAGCAGCAGUGGAGGUAAAGGAGUGGAUCUUCCUUCAUGGCUGUGCAUCUCACUCUUCUUCUCUGCCCUGUGGGGCCAAGCGUACACUCAGUGUCCGGACAGCUGCCACUGUGCCUGGGACACGGCCACGGUGGUGUGUUCGGACGCAGGGCUGCGAGAGAUCCCAGAGGGGAUCCCACCGGACACUGUCUCCCUCUACCUGGAACGUAAUUACAUACGGAGUAUCCCUGAGAGUGCCUUCAGCGACCUGGUCCACUUGCGGGAUCUGUACCUGUCCAACAACCGCAUCGACUCGCUGGCCUCAGGGGCCCUGCGGCAUCUUGGGUCCGAGCUGCGCCUGCUUGAUCUCUCUCACAAUCAGCUGAGACAGGCCAGCAGGGAGGAGUUCGGCUCCACCCGUGCAAAGACUCGCCUGUACCACAACCCCUGGCACUGUGACUGCGCCCUACAGGAGCUGAUGGAGACUCUGAACCUGGAGCCAGAGACAGUGAAUGGGAUCAUUUGUGAGAGCUCGGUGCGGGGGGUGGGUGAGGGGAGCAGGUGGGAGGACCCAGGGUCUCAGGGGGAGCACGCAGGUCAACCUCUGGUCAAACUGUUGGAUUCUGGGGUGAAUUUCUGCAGCCUGCAGAGGAAGACCACUGACAUAGCCAUGCUGGUUACAAUGUUUGUGUGGUUCUUUAUGGUCAUUGUGUACGUGGUGUACUACGUGAGGCAGAACCAAGCUGAAGCCCGCAGGCAUUUGGAGUACCUAAAGAGUUUACCCAGCCCACGCAAGACCCCCACAGAGACAGACACUCUGAGCACUGGUUUCUGAACACCUCAUUUCAAAUCAAUUUAAAAUGAUUUAUAAUCCAACAAGGUUUUAAUGUAGAACGACUACUUAACUUCAGAAAUACCAUGUGGAUUUACUGUAAGCCGUCUGUGGAAGAUCCUGAUAAAAAGAAGACUUUUUACAGCUGUGUUUUAGUGAUUACAACCUUUCUUUACAUUUUUUACUACUGAGGCCCCUCUGUGUCUUUCUUGAUAUUUCUUUACCCAUGUGUUUCUUGAAAUAAUUGAACAUAAAAAGGUGAGAAUUGGUUUAAUGAAUUUUGCCAUGUUCACAGAGAGGAGUAAAAACUGAAAAGUGCAGCAGAAAAGGAUGAAAUAAGAAAAAGAAAACUCUGAACUCUACAACCUUGUUAUUCCCUCUGUAGCCCCUCUUUAUUCUUCUUUUCUUCUCCCGUCAGUCCUCCUGCGGUGGUCUGUUUUAUCUUUUAUUAAGCUUUAAUUAGAAGUCUUUGACCAACUGACCCUUAAUGAACACUUAAAAGGCUCCAAUCAGCUGGAGUGUGUUUAUCAGGUCUAAAAGGAGAGCAUGCACAAUCAGUACGUGUCCCCGUCUAAUUGCUUGACUCUGUUGUUUUGUACGUGUGUGCAUUUGCUGUUUUUUUUAAUUGUUAGUCAUUUUUACAUUGAAUACAUCAAUUUGAUGUGGAUUCUUUGCAGCCUUUCCCUAAUUCAUGCUCAUUAAUCCAGCUUUUGUAAGUGCCAAUAAGGAACAACAGAUCUAAAUGUACUCUCAGGAAGCCAAACUAGAGGUGGUCCUUUUUAUUGAGUGUCCAAGCUGUAGCAAUCAUGAACAUAUUUAGACAGUUUAGUGUACAAAAAGCAGCAACUAACUGGUAAAGAGAAAUUCAGCUAGAUUUAGAACUCAAAUCACUAUUCAGAUUUCAAUUAAUACAAAUAUUUAUCCUGACAAAGCUGUUAUUUUAGAUUUAAUUAAUCUAUUGAGUCGUUCUGUCUCCUAUUUUCCACAUAGGCUGCAUCAUAAUUGGUUUUUUUUAAGCCUAUUUGAGAAUAAGCCGAACACUUGGUAGAUACAUUUAAUAAUUUGUUUCCCAUGGUUAGCACUGUAUUGUAAUGCAAUAAAGUGCUAACCAUGUAAUGCAAAGAUUAAUUUCACUUUUGAUGUGAUGUGUGAACUAUAGGUUACUGAAUAUCAAGCCCAGCUCCACAUAAUCUGAAACAAGAUUAACAGCCCAUUUUUACUUUACCUGAAAUCAUUAUAGUCAUAUUUACUGUGGCAGUAACUGAUAUUGCUAUUUGAAAAAAGCCCAAUAUUAUUCUUCAAUGUAAAAAAAUAUGAACAGUAAAAACCCUCUUGUAAACAAAUUACUUUUAUCCACAGCCUAACUGAAUGGUGACUAACCAGGGUUUUAAAACCACAACAACAGGGGUCAAAAUGUUACAGAUUAUUAAAGCAGCGCACACUUGGGUUCAGUUUGUUUAGACUUUACUUUUUAGUGUCAUUAUUUUGCAAAAUACAUCAUAGAUUUGGGCACUUCAAGCCUUUUUAACCCCUCAAUUUCACAAUAAAUGUUUGGUCUGUCUACUGUGUUCAGACGGGGAUAUCAGGCUUUUUAGUUUUUUUAGGGUAGGCUACAGUUAGCUACAUUAUGAUAGCCAGCUACCAAUUGAUAAAAGCUAACAUUUGCAUUAGAGGCAUAAAUUCCCAGCAUUGUGUAACAAUCAAAUGCCAAUGCUUGCUAGGAAGUGGCUGAAAGACUACAAACAUGAGCUAUUACACAACAUAAUAACAAAGUCAUAAAUUCAUAGCUAACGGUAAUGCUAGCUAGGACAUUUUUGCCAUGAAUGUACACAUGGUAAAACUUAACGCAACAGAAGCAUUAGGCCUAUCCAAUAUGCUGUAAUACUUUGAAACAGGAAUUUCCCUCAGGAUUAUACCACCCACUGUGUUUUUUAGUUAGAACUGCAUUUUUUAGUCUUAAAGCUGCAUUUAUAAUUAAUUGUCAGAUUCCCUACGUUUGUACGACUAGCAAACCAGAACACAGUACAAAACGGUAUCAAGCAAAUUGUAAAAGCUUUGGCUAACCCUUAAUUUUUCAGAUUGCUCAUCUGAUCAAAUUUUCCGUUUCUUUAAUACUCUGCGUUAUAUCUACAAAAAUAUCAAAAGUCACAUUAGUACCAGUUAUUAGUUGUGAAUGUUAAUCAACAAAUAAAAGCAUGCUAGUACUCUAAACUCAGAUGUUUAUAGUCGCAUUACAGCUGCUAAACAUCAGCAUGCUAGCCAUAUCAUUGUUAGCAUGUUAACAUUCUGGCUUUAGCAUCAUGUCCCUCUUGUCCAGAGCCGCUAGCUGUGAACUUUGUGUUAUUCAUGUGUCUUUGUUCAGUGGCUCAUUAAGUGUAUCCAUAAAACCCUCUAUGUGGUCAUGAAUACGAACGUUAUUUUAUCUAUCAAUUUGAGAAAAUAGUAAAAGCUGAAGGAAACCCUAGAAUAGGAUAACUUUUUUUUGUGUUCUGUAACGUGCUAAAUGUUUGCUCGAGAAAGAAGAGUUUGUGUCCUUCAGGUUAAAGAAAUACUGUGAAUUAGAAAUAGAAUCAGUUAUAGAGUAAAAUGAUGUUGUUAUGAUAAGUUGUCAUGUGUGACAGGUCGUGGUUUGAAGACUACAGGCUGAAAGAUUAGAGGAAAAAUAUAAAAAAAUAUGACUGUCAAAAGAAAAUAAGUCCAUAAACCUGUGUAGAAAUGUUGAUGUAUCUUUACAUGCUUCGAAGAGCUCCUGAAUAUUCUUGUUCAUUCUUGUUCACAAAUCAUCCUGCUGGUGUCGGUGUCCUCGCUAGAGUUCAGUUCGUUUAACUGCCUCCCUACCGUGCAAUCUUUAAACCGCUUUGAGACCAAAAUGAUUUGUUUUCUCUUCUGUUUGCCAGUACUUACUUGAACAAAGGAAGUUAUUGAACAAAAAUAAUAGUUUCAUAUUGAUCCAUCAAUAGGUUUUUUUUUUUUUUUUGGGGGGGGGGGAACAAAUGAAUGAAUAAAAGAAACAUUGCUCUAUGUUGUUCAUAGAAAUGCUUCUACAUUUUAUUGCCACUGCAGGUUGAAAAAGGCAAAAGAUGAAGAGUAAAAGAAGUACAGGAAGACAUUAGCAGUUUACAGACGGAGCUGAGCGUGGUUGGCAUUGUUUCCCAUUUCUACUCUACCAUGCUAUAAAAAACCAUGUUACAUUUUUGUAAAAGGCACAUGACAUGAGUUUCGCCACAUCCUCCUUCGUUUUUUUUGUUUUCUCCUCAAAUUACCAUCUUCAAAAAAUCAAAACACCCCUCCGCAUUCAUCCAUCUCUCCACUGUUUUCUUAAAAUCUGAGGUGUUUCUCACCACGAGGAAUAUAUUACCACAAAAAGACAUGUUGGAAGCAGGGCAAAGUAAAAUGUUCUGUCGUGUCUUUUUUAAUGGAUAGAUUUUUUUUCUUGGAGAAGAGUCAAACCAUUGCCCCAACAUAUUUGAACGUGGUGGAGAACAAAACAGGGUAUAAAUAAAAAGCAACUUCAGCCUGUUA